ACAAAUGUGGUCAAGUGACCGUGCCGAUCCGUUUGACGCUUUUGCAUGAUAGCGAGACAUGUUUUCUAAACUAAAACCUUCGACACCCACUCCGUUGGAGAGCAAUCCUAUAGCUCAGUAUUAUGAUGUUGGACGGCAGAUCGCUAGCGCUGGGCCUGAAUUGGUUUGGAAGAUUUAUGAAGCCGUCAGAAAAUCUGAUAGGAAGGAAGCGUCGGUUUUUAUCUUCGAAAAGCGAGUGGCCGAUAAACUGCACAAACCCAAACGAAAAGAAACCGUGACCGAAAUUUUACGAUCGAGCGUCAGACUUUUGGAUCGUUUUAAACAUCCAAAACUGUUAACAUUAUAUCAUCCCGUAGAGGAAUCCAGUGAAGCUUUGGCAUUUGCGGCCGAACCAGUAUUAGGUAGCUUGGCAAACGUAUUGGGUUGUUUAGAAGAAAGGCUUCCACAAAAUCUUCCUCCUUCUGUUCGAGAAUAUACAUUUCUCGAUAUAGAGAUCAAAUAUGGAUUACUCCAGAUUACGGAAGCCUUGUCGUUUCUUCACUAUUCUUGUAAACUUAUUCACAGAAAUAUAUGCCCCCAGUCUAUUUUAAUCAAUAAAAGAGGAACAUGGAAACUCGCGGGUCUCGAGUUUACAGAAAAAUGCCACGAAUUUGAUCUUAUGGGUUUAGUACCGUGCCAACCUUUUACAUCAAAGUUACCAAAGAUGGGACAACCCGAUCUGGAUUAUACUGCUCCAGAGAUUCAAUCGUCUUCUUCGUGUUCACCUUUAAGUGACAUGUUUUCACUAGGCUUAUUAAUCUGUGCUAUAUUCAAUAGUGGACAUUCAUUAUUAGAAUCGAAUCUAAGCACGGCUUUAUACUGCAGACAAUUAGAAACGCUGGAAACGAAUUUGGACGAAAUUUUGGAUAGAAUGACUCACUAUCUCCACGAUCCUUUACAGAAUUUAUUACAAACGGAUCCAAAAAUGAGAUUAAGCGCACAGAAUUUCUCAAUGAUUAGAUAUUUUAUGGAUCCAGCAGUUAACGCUCUUUUAUACCUCGACGUUAUACAAAUGAAAGAUUCGGGUCAUAAAUCGAAUUUCUAUCACAGUUUGGAAGGUGUACUACCAGCAAUUCCCAAGAAACUCUGGUAUCAACACGUUUUACCGUCUUUACAAGCCGAACUUCAAUCACCGGAAGUGUUAGCUGCCGCUUUACAACCGAUACUAUUUAUGAUAGAAGCAAGUACUCCGGAAGAAAAUCAAGCCUACAUUCUUCCACUUUUUCGUACUGUAUUCAGUAUGCCUAAAUCUGUACAGGCGACAGUAACGCUAUUGGAAAGAUUAGACGUUAUCAUGAAAAAAACGCCUAAGAGUGAUAUUAAAUCGGACGUAUUACCUAUGUUGUACAAUGCAUUCGACUCUACAACACCGCAGAUACAGACGGCGGCGCUUCAGGCUGUAGCAAAUAUAGCGGAUUCUUUAGAGGAAUCGGCCGUUAAAAAAAUGGUCCUGCCCAGAACUAAACAAGUUUUCGAUAACGAUUCCGGUGUUAAGAUGCAAGCAAUCGCAUUGACUUGCGUCGAGAAGAUCAUCGAUAAAUUAGAAAAGACCAACAUCCUGGACGAUGUUUUACCUAUGCUUAGUAAAGCUAAAUUACAAGAUCCUGCAAUAUUAAUGCCGGUUGUAAGAAUCUACAAACACAUGUUAGGCGAUAAAAGAUACGGUUUAACAGUGAAUAUGCUGGCGACUAAAGUCAUGCCCGUGUUAAUUCCGGUAGUGGUGAGUCCUGCCCUUAAACUUCACCAGUUCACGUCUCUAGUUGAACUAUUGGAAGAAAUGCUGGAACACGUAGCUAAGAAUCAGAAGAACAAACUAAAAUUAGAACAUCUUUCUGUGUCCUCUAUUGAUCAGCCGCAAACGAUCGAUCAUCCUGCAAGGUACCCACACAGACCUCCUUCUCUACGACUAGAAUCCAGAAGACAAUCUAUUAGCAUGGACGAUGUGAUACAAAGAACAUGCAACUCGGCCACAGAAUCCCCAGACUCUAAUCUUCUCAGAGUGCAAGCUACGCUGCCUGGAAGAAGACAUUCCGACAAUGCCAUUCAACCACCGAGGAUAUUAGUCGCGCCCUCGAGCCCUCAAGACACAUUAGGAUUGUCGUCGUCGAAUCUUCAGAUGAGAAGACACUCCAGUGCAGGACCACAAGAUAUACGCUUUAUGUUCGCCUCCUCGCCAAAAGUUAGUCCCAGUCCUACACCCGCUCAUGGCUUUAAUUUAGAAAUGCCAUCUGCGGGUAGAUCGGGUAGAAGAUAUUCGGCAGCGGCACUCUAUAUGAAUUGUAUGGCGGAGCCCGCAAAUCAACCUUCUAGCUUACUACAGCAAAUAGGAUCAGGAAUGCAACAACUUUUUUCCGGAAAAUAAUCCGGUUUAUGGGUUUAAAAAGAAAUGAACAAUUCCUUUCGAUGCAAUACCCGGAUGUUCCUUUGAGACACCGUCGUAGUGAGACCAGACCUGCAGUAGGACACCUUUCCAUUAGACGGACAAUCCUAGCUUGCGCUCAGAAGGUAGGCCCGUGCGGUGUAUACAUUUUGGACAAUCCCCAAAGCAAGAAGUCAAACCAGUAUUUCCAACGCUUUGUGUUUUCACAAAUUAAUGCUCGCUAUAUAACAAUUUAUGUUUUUCUUUCAUCAAAAAAAAAUAUCGGACACAUUUCUUGUAGAUAAAGUUUAUCCGCUAAUGGCGGAUUUUCAUUCCAAUAUUCAAAACAUCUUCAGCGUUUUCACUGCCCUGCCUCCACUUCUAUGUCCGACGCAUCCACAAAUAUAUAUAUAAUAUAUAUAUUUAAAAAAAAAGAAACAAAAAUAAUGCGCAAUAAAUUAAUGAUGGUUAGUUAUCGACGGCUACGUGUUUAAUGCAAAUUAUUAUUGAUAUCACAAACGGAUUGUUCUGACAGAAAAUUGUUUUGAUACGCUGGGGCGUUUCGAUUAAUAUACUCUAUUCUAUUUUGAAAACGUUGACUAUGUAUGUAGAUAAUUAUAUCUCAACCGAUGCUAAAGUGUUUACAUUUACUUAAUAUUUUUAUUUUCGUAAAUAUUAAAUGUCCUAUUCCAGCUGUGUCCCGAAUAUAUUAACAUAUUCAAUCUUACAUUUUCGGACAGAUGAUUCUUUAUAUUUAAAAUACAUAAUCGUGUUUACAUUUUGGAUAUUCUAAUAUAUUAAUACGAGGACGAAACACG